AUGAAGCAAAAAAAUCCAACAUCAACCACACCAAGAACUUCGCUCAGACAUCAACAACAACAGCAACAUAGUACUGAUACUAUGUCUCUACAAGCUGUUCCACAAUCAACAACAACAACAACAACAACACGUUUUAGAGUAAGAGCUUCUUCUAAAACCAAAGAAUCUCCAAAAACACCACCAGAGAUUGUUAAUAGACUCUCCCCCAUUUCAUCAACAAGAGCCAAGUCAGUACCUCCAGAGUUCAAGAACAAUUCAAAGGCCAAGAGGAGUAUUGUGAUGAAAUCCAUUCAAGAGGUUGAAACUUCUCACAAAGGUAGUACUAGUAGUAGGGAAGUUGAAGAACCUAAGGUUGUUUCCGUUGCUGUUGUUGCUCAUGAUGUGAAGGAGAAGAAGGAGUUGCUUGAGAAGCUUGAGGUGAGUGAGAGUUUGAUCAAGAAUUUGCAGUCUGAGGUGAAGGCUUUGAAGGAUGAAUUGGAACAUGUUAAGAGCUUGAAAAUUGAGCUUGAGUCUCAGAAUAUAAAGCUUACUCAGAAUCUUGCAACUGCUGAAGCUAAUUUAGCAGCUGUUGCCACCACUAGUACUAGAAAGGAGACAAUUGGAGAACACAAGAGUUCCAAAUUCAAAGACAUACAAAAACUCAUUGCUGACAAAUUGGAAAGGUCUAAGGUGAAAAAAGAAGCUAAUCAUGACGCGAUUUUCGUUAAAGCUUCCAUUCCAAUUCCAGCUCCAACACCAAGUCAUGCCAUUCCUGAAACUACAAGUAUAGGAAGAAAAUCAAAAUCACCAACCAAUCAAUGCCUCAUGCCACCUCCUCCGCCUCCACCACCACCGAUUCCGUCUCGGCCUUUGGCAAAAUUGGCCAACACUCAAAAGUCUCCUGCAAUUGGCCAACUAUUUCACUCGUUAAAAACUCAGGACGCGAAGAAAGACUCGAAAGGCUCCAUGACUCAUCAUCAAAAACCAAUAACUAACAGUGUACACAAUAGCAUUGUAGGAGAAAUUCAAAACCGUUCGGCUCAUCUGUUAGCAAUAAGGUUGGACAUUCAAACAAAAGGAGAGUUCAUUAAUGAGCUUAUUAAAAAGGUGGUUGACGCAACCUAUGUCGAUAUUGAAGACGUCCUCAAGUUUGUUGAUUGGCUUGAUGGUGAACUAUCUACUUUGGCUGAUGAGCGUGCGGUCUUGAAGCAUUUUAAGUGGCCUGAGAAGAAAGCUGAUGCGAUGCGUGAGGCUGCAGUUGAGUAUCGUGAGCUCAAAAUGUUGGAACAAGAGAUUUCAUCAUACAAGGAUGACCCUGACAUUCCGUGUGGGGCUAGUUUGAAAAGGAUGGCAAGUCUAUUAGACAAGUCUGAGCGGAGCAUACAGAAGCUAGUCAUGCUGCGAAAUUCUGCCAUACGUUCUUAUCAAGUUUACAAUAUUCCAACUGCAUGGAUGCUUGAUUCGGGAAUAACGAGCAAGAUAAAGCAGGCUUCUAUGACUCUAGUGAAGAUGUACAUGAAAAGAUUGACGUUGGAGCUCGAAUCCAUUCGAAAUUCAGACAGAGAAUCCAGUCAAGAUUCUCUUCUACUACAGGGUGUGCAUUUUGCUUACAGAGCGCAUCAGUUUGCUGGAGGUUUGGACAAAGAAACUUUGUGUGCAUUUGAAGAGAUAAGGCAACGUGUACCAAGAAACCUCGCAGGAUCUAGAGAACUUUUGGCUGGCAUAGCAUCAUCAUGA